AUGGAGCAGACGGCUCAGGGCAGGCGAGGUCUGGGAACCGGAGGAGUGAGGUUCAGGAAGAGACGGCCGAAGGACGUGCCGCAGGGGAGGCAGGGAGCACCCGGUGAGCGCCGUGGCUCCUCGCCACCCGGAGGGCACUCUGCACAGCCGUCCCCACCGACCUUCAGCGGGCCCGGAGCUGGGCUCCGACCCGGAGCAGCCGGGGAACCCGAGAGACGAAGAAGACAGAGGCUUACCUUUCGUCGGGCUUGGCCUCCUCCACCGCCUGUCGGACCGAGGAGCUUGUUGUCCUGCAGGAAAAAGACGGCCCUACCCGGGUCAGCACCAUCCCGCCCCGGGCCCCCUCACAUCGCCAUCGCACCAACCGCAACCUCCGCAACGGAGAAGCCCGUUCGUCACCGCCGCUCGGCUACUGGCCCACCACGGCCAGUGAGCAUGCGCAGUCGCCCCAGUCCCGAGGGAUCCCCGGCCAGCCAGCGCUACCUGCGAUCAACAGAGCCCGAUCCCUGCGCUACUCCCCUUGCGCGGUAGGAAAGGAAGCUGCCGGAGAUCACGCUGGCUCCAGACUGCUGGCGUUUAGGGACUUACUGCAUUUUUGGAGAAAUCGUGGAUGCUGCUAUGGUUACCGCUUGGUUACUGAUGCCUACAAAGGCGGGGAUGGGGGCGAUGAAGUGAAGUCUUUAGCUUUGAAAUUCCAUUAAAAGAAACCUAUGAUUUGGAUAUCCCUUGAAGGAUAAACUUCCAUUGGUUUACUUUAUCAUCCCAGCUUCUGAAUCUAAUCGUGGCGAACUUUUUGUAACUAUGUUACUAAAGCAAAGUUAAUGAAAAAAAGGAAAUUGUGGCUGUGGUGUGAAAAGUGAAUUAGGAGGAUGAAUCGUGUUGGUUAUAGAACAAUGAGUGUGCGUAAUGACAUUAAACUGUACUUAAAAAAUGGUUA